UUGCAUUUCUUCCAGCUAUUCUACCUGUCCUGAGCAAUACCACUUUUUGAACUGUAGAUGGCGGUGUUGCGGUCCUGCUGGCUCUGAUACAUCUGAAGAAGAAAAGAGGCUGCAGACGCGUAGAAGAAGAACACAGCUGUUUUCCCUCCAGAUGGAUUAGCCGCUGUAAGCAAACCACAAUAUAAACACUUUAAGCUAAUGUAAUGUUUGGCGAAUUAAAAGGACCGAACUGAAUGUAUUUACAGCGAUAACGAAGAUGGUAGGAAGAUGCAGGCUAUUGUCCUGCCUGUGUUUGGGACUGUUUGCUGUCUUCGGCUGGGUUUGGGUCUCCUUUGCCUCCUUCCCUGAUGACCAUGGUGACAUGGUGUCCUAUGAUGUUGUGGACCAAGGAGCUUUUAAGCCGCAGAGUGUUCUCGCUGACAUGGAGUUUGCACCUAUCAGUUCAUACCGAGGGCCUGGCAACCAAGACCGGCGUAGCAACAAGGAGCUUCCUAUUAUCCUAUGGUGGAGCGGAGGCUUAUUCCCACAUUUUCCUGGGGAUACGGAAAGAAUUGACUGUGCAACUUCAUCCUGCCUGGCCACAAGUAACCGCAAGGUCCAGCUGUACAAGAGGACGACAUCCAUCAUCUUCUACGGGACGGACUUCAGAGCCUAUGAAGCGCCACUUCCUCGUCUCCGUCACCAAACAUGGGCUCUUUUCCACGAAGAGUCCCCCAUGAAUAACUACCUCCUGUCUCACGGCACCGGGAUCAAAUUGUUCAACUACACCGCCACCUUUCGCAGGGAAUCCGACUACCCUUUGACCCUGCAGUGGCUCCCGUCUCUGAGCUACCUGCUGGAGCCCGUCGUGGUGUCCCUGAAGGAGAAGAACCGAAUGAGACGGGAGGGCUUGGCUCCUGUGCUGUACAUGCAGUCUCACUGUGACGUGCCCUCGGAUAGAGACCGAUACGUCCGGGAGCUCAUGAAGUACAUCCAGGUGGACUCUUACGGCAAAUGUCUGAACAACAAAGCUCUGCCGAAACAUCUGGAAGACACGUCCACCGCCACAGGUGAGGAGGCCGCGUUCAUGCAAUUUGUCAGCCGCUACAAGUUCCACCUGGCGCUGGAGAAUGGGAUCUGUCCAGACUACAUGACAGAGAAGCUGUGGCGGCCCCUCCAUCAGGGCUGCGUGCCCGUGUACCGCGGUUCCCCCGUAGUGACGGACUGGAUGCCCAACAAUCGAUCUGUCAUCAUAAUAGAUGACUUCCCCUCACCUGAAGCUCUGGCGGACUUCCUGAAGUUUCUGGAUGAGAACGACGGCGAAUAUGUCAAAUAUUUACAGUUCAAAAACAUCCGCAGCGUCACUAACGCUCAUUUGCUGGAAGCUCUGGAGAAUCGAGAGUGGGGGGUGAACGACAUGAGCAAACCCAACUACUUGAAUGGAUUUGAGUGUUACGUAUGCGACCGGGAGAACGCUCGACUGGCUGCAGAACGAGCAAAUAGAAAAGCUGGUGAGAAGAAGCCACCUCCACCAGUUAAGAUGGCUACCAAUGCACAUAUGGGGUGCCCUCUGCCCAGUCCGGGGUAUGGAGAUGUUCAAGACCUGCCUUCAGAUGAUGAAUGGUUCCAAAUGUGGCCUCAGGACUACUGGCAGAGUCUGGACCAAGCUGAGGGGCUGGAGUCUCUGAUAAGAAAGAACGAAUCAGACCCAUCACUGCUGUGGAAGCACAUCCAAAGAAUCGCUGUGAGCAGAGCCAGAGGCAAACAUUGACGUUGGCGUUACACAGGACCAAGAUGAUGGAGGACAUCCAGGAGUCCAGAUGUGGGCCACGGUAUGCACACACUUUUUUUUAAAGAGGAAUUGAAGCAGAGACAUUUUGCACCUCAGCCAACAUUACCGUCCUCUUGCGGGCGAUUUAAUUGAUUUUGGUAUUUUAUAAAGCAGAUACUUUAAGUUCAGUAAUGUCACGGUGCUAAGCGUUAACUGAAAACUGUGCAGCACAGUCGUUCCACAGAGACACAUUGUCAUUCUCAGGAGGGGGAAGACAAGUUUGUGCUGGAGCGGAGCCAAGCGCCGCUUCGGCUUGCCAAAGUGUUCACCGCCCAACUGUGCGUGUGUGUGUGUGUGUGUGAGAGAGAGAGGACAAUCAGGACACUAGCCACUGGACUUAAUUGGCUUCUUUUGACUUGUAGGCAGUGAAUUCUAUGCACCGUUUAAUAUAACAAUGCAAACAUGUUACAGGAAACAGCUUUAGUUACUUAGAAAUAUUUUAUGCAAACAAAUGUGCAUUUUUUUAAAUCAAGUUUUUGAUACAACAAACAUUUGUUACAUGUUUUCACAGCAAGAUAUGUUUUAUUUUGUGAAUAAGCAUCAACAAAUAUAUUUUUUAUCAGUAUGUAUUUAGAAGAAUGUUGUGUUUUUAAGCAAAGUAACAGUAGUAAAUGAUAUUUAUAUCCCAUAAUGCCAGUCAGUAUUGCUGAAUUACAUAGUUAAGCCCAGAAUGAGUAACAUCCUGACCAAAUUAUGAUUUUAUUUGCUGAUAGCUAGAUGGCUAAUAAUGGCUCCAUAAAGUGACAAAACUGCAAUAAAUUGUAUUUAUGUCUCAUCUACUUUAUUUCUACCUCAUUUUCCUAUUAAAUACUCAUUCACUAAAUAAAAAUUGAAGCUCAAAACGUGGCCAGGAUAUGACUCAUUUUGGACAGAUCCUUCAUAGGUUUCAGGUAGAGCUUCCACCAGCAGGAAGAAGAAGAAGAAGAAGAACACAAACAAAUACAAAAGUAGUCUUCCAUAAAACUCAUCAAAAGCAAUUAUUUGCAUUGCUCGCUAUUCCAGUCUCUUGGGUCACCUUAAAACCUCUUGUCUUUCUUACAUUCAAAGCAGCCCCAGCUUGUGGUUGGAAGGAGACUGCUUCUCACUUUAAAUGCUAAUGAAAAGCCGCUGCGAUCAAUCGAGAGCUGCAGAGUAGCAGCUUUCACAGUGGACUUUGCCUCCAUGCAGGAACAUGUUGUACAGGAGGUCUCCCAUCGGCUUACGGCAGGAGUGGCACUGAAAAAUGACAGAAGCGUUAGAAAAUGUUUUAUCUUGCAAACCACCAUUAGCCAGCGCUUCUUUAAAAGUGUGGUUGUUUAUUUGUAUUGCUGUUAUUAAUACAUACGAUUUUUCAUUCAUUCAUUCUCUACCGCUUUUCCUCAC